GCCCCAGCCCGGCCUCCGAUCGGCCGCCGCCACCGCCCCUGUUUUGUUUCCAUGGCGACAGGCGGCGAGGGCCCGCUCCAAACAUAACGCGCUGUGGAAAACAUGCGGCUCGGGGGACCCCCCCCCGGAGUCCCCGCUCGGGUCUGAGCCCCGAGGGGCUCCGGAGCAGUCCACGCCACGUGCAGCUUGUCAAGAGCCCCCAGAGCCAGCCCAGGCGCACAAGACCCGCCUCUCCUGGGCCCGCCGCGUUCUGGGAGAUUCGGGGCUCCCCUUGGCCAAGGCGCCGUGACUCUCCGAGGCGCAACCGGCUGCGAGCCCUCCCCUACUUCGAGGGCCACUUACGGCCGCCCUGCCCCGCAGCUCGCGGCCCCGCCCCCAGCCGUCCGUCCGCCCGCCCCUAGAGCCAGGAGAAGCUGCACCUCCCCCGCUGCCUCCCCAGGUCCCCAGCCCAGAGCGGCCAAAGGGGCGGGGCCGUGCGGGGAGGGCAGAAGUGCCCAGGGAGGUGCUUCCGGGACAGAGGGCGGGCAAGAUGGCGGCGCCCAUGGAGCUGUUCUGCUGGUCAGGAGGCUGGGGACUACCGUCAGUGGACCUGGACAGCCUGGCCGUGCUGACCUAUGCCAGAUUUACUGGUGCUCCAUUAAAGGUGCACAAGAUCACCAACCCCUGGCGGAGCCCUUCAGGAACUCUGCCUGCCCUUCAGACCAGUCAUGGAGAGGUGAUCUCAGUACCACACAAGAUCAUCACCCACCUUCGAAAAGAGAAGUACAAUGCUGAUUAUGAUCUGUCAGCCCGGCAAGGGGCAGACACCCUGGCCUUCAUGUCUCUACUGGAGGAGAAGCUGCUCCCAGUGCUGAUACACACUUUUUGGAUAGACACAAAGAACUAUGUGGAAGUGACCCGGAAGUGGUAUGCAGAGGCUAUGCCCUUUCCCCUCAACUUCUUCCUUCCUGGCCGCAUGCAGCGGCAGUACAUGGAACGGCUGCAGCUGCUGUGUGGGGAGCAUAGGCCUGAGAAUGAGGAAGAGCUGGAGAAGGAGCUGUACCGAGAGGCCCGGGAGUGCCUGACACUUCUCUCUCAGCGCCUGGGCUCUCAGAAGUUCUUCUUUGGAGAUGCCCCUGCCUCCUUGGAUGCCUUUGUCUUUAGCCACUUGGCCCUGCUGCUACAGACAAAGCUGCCCAGUGGGAAGCUGCAGGCCCACCUGCAGGGGCUGCACAACCUCUGUGCCUAUUGCACCCACAUCCUCUGCCUCUACUUCCCCUGGGACGGAGCUGAGGUGCCACCCCCACAGCAGACACCAGUAGGCUCAGAGACUGAGGAGGAGCCAUACCGGCGCCGGAACCAGAUCCUAUCCGUGCUGGCAGGACUGGCAGCCAUGGUGGGCUACGCCUUGCUCAGCGGCAUUGUAUCUAUCCAGAGGGCAACGCCUGCCCGGGCCCCUGGCACCCAGGCCCUGAGCAUGGCUGAAGAGGAUGAAGAGGAAUGAUUUAUCCUCAUUCUCCCAGGACUUGUUUUUCUACUGUCAUGCAUUCCAGAGGCCCCUGUGCCUCCCCAUUGUUGGUACAGCCAGAAAUGGGGUGCUACCACCCAGAAUAAAGCUGCUCACACUGA